UCAGCAGGUGGGGUUCACAUUAGGGAACUGUGUUUAGGACACAUGAGGUGAGACAAGUUGCAAAUGAACUGUCAGGUGGAUUAUAUCUGUGACGCGUGAUCGAGGCGAAAACAGCAGCAUCGAGUUUAUAAAUACUACUCUCAGGGGAUCUCUUAGGAUGUGGGGACCAUCACACUUCUGCUUGACACUGUGUCUGUGGGCUUGUUUGGAUGCACUGCCAGUUGCUGUGGAUAAGACCAAAGUGAGCCCUCCAGUAGAGGAUCUGGAGCACCCUGAAAGUGUAGACACUGGAUUGCACUAUGAUCGUUAUCUCAGAGAGGUUAUUGAUUUCCUGGAAAAGGACCCACAUUUCAGAGAGAAACUUCAUAACACAGACAUGGACGACAUCAAGCAAGGGAAACUGGCUAAAGAGUUGGACUUUGUCAGCCAUCACGUGCGAACUAAACUUGAUGAACUAAAGAGACAAGAAGUGAAUAGACUGCGCACCCUAAUCAAAGUCAAACAAGACAUGAACGGAGAAAAGGGUAUGACAGUGGACCACCAAGCACUUCUGAAACAGUUUGAACAUCUGAAUCACAUGAAUCCAUAUACAUUCGAAGUGGAAGACUUGGAUCGUCUCAUUAAAUCGGCCACUAAUGACCUGGAAAACUUCGACAAGGAACGACAUGAAGACUUCAAGAGGUAUGAAAUGACGAAAGAACAUGAACGCAGGGAACAUCUUAAAACACUGGAUGAGGAAGAGCGCAAAAAAGAGGAGGAGCACUAUGAAGAGAUGAAGAAGAAACACGCAGACCAUCCCAAAAUAAAUCAUCCUGGCAGUCAAGACCAGUUGAAAAAGGUCUGGGAGGAAGCUGACGGUUUGGAUCCCAGCGAAUUUGACCCAAAGACAUUCUUCAAGCUACACGACACUAAUGGAGAUGGCUACUUUGAUGAGCAAGAACUGGAGGCACUGUUUACCAAAGAGCUAGAGAAAGUCUAUGAUCCCACACAUGAAGAGGAUGACAUGAUGGAAAUGGAGGAGGAGAGACUUCGCAUGAGAGAGCAUGUGAUGAAUGAGGUUGACACUAACAGAGACAGGCUCGUUUCACUUGAUGAAUUUAUUAUUGCCACAAACAGGAAAGAAUUUCUAGAGCCAGAUGGAUGGGAGACUCUGGAACAGAAUCCGAUGUACACUGAAGAAGAGCUGAGAGAGUUCGAGCAGCAUCUGGCUCGAGAGGAGCAAGAGCUGAACCUGAGAUCAAGUGAGCUGCUGAAACAGCGAGAGGAGCUGGAGAGACAACAGGAACAGCUUAACGCCCAGAAAAUGGAGCUACAACAGGCGGUAGAGCACAUGGGGCGGUUGAAAACGCAGAAAAUAGAGCCUCCAGGGCAGGCCAAAGUGCCUUCUGCUGUGGAAAUACUACCUGGGGACAGUCAGCCUUUGUCGCAAGGUCAUCAACAAGACCUCCCUGCACAUUCUUAGCAGCUCAAGCUCUUCUCGUUGUCUGUAAUGUGUUUGUUGUAUGUAGUGUCAUAUUUCCAUCCUCACAUUCAAAUGGACCUUUUACUGUCACUUAGCAAAGACCUUGGCUUUCCUUGAAGUCAUCAAACAAAUCAUUGUGGUGGUAUUCUCAAACACUCAAAAAAUAUAUUAAAUUAAGGUAUCCCAAAACGGGUCGCUGAUGUAUGUAAAUGGUUAACAGAAUUCUCUGUUGACAAUCACACUUCAGUCCACAUUCUCUCAUCAAAAGUGCAGAUAGUUUGUGAUGACAGUGAUUGUACUUGAAACUUGAAUUUAGCUAAAAUAAAUGUAUUGUUCUUGUAAAUGCCAUGUUUGCUAAACCUCGUAGGAAACUUUUCUCUUUAUUUUUAGACAUUUUAUAUUAUUUGAUUGAUUCAUGUUAAGUUAAAUGUCCCAUAAUUCAGCAUUACUAUUGCACGUCACUUCCAAUGAAAGUAAUAUUGGAUAGAAUAUAAUAUUUUUUUGCUUUAGUUUCACUUGAAAGUCAAUCCUAGAUUGAUUGACAAGGCUCUUUUAAUAGAGUUUCUGAAAAUGUUGAUGAAUUACUACUGCA